UAACCGAAGCAACAAUCUUCUCAUCAUCCUCCCCUGCUUUCAAACAAAGAGCAUCAUCACCGUCUACAACAUUAACAAAUUCCAAAUGGUAGCCAUGAAUUGCAGGUCGUUCAACAGCUUCAUAAUCGUUGCCAGUACACUGGUUGUUUAUUUGAGCUGCGCUUCACGCCCAUCAGAAGCAGCCCGCCCACUCAAUCUCGAUGGGCCUAUAACCAAAGGAAUGGAGGUUUUCCUCUUUGAGGAAGGAAGCGUAAAGGGCCUCGGAGGGAUAAAAGCACACUCCGGCCCAAGCCCAGCCGAAGGGUACUCUCUGACCCUUGGGCUUGGAGGAAUCAAACACUCUGGGCCGGCUCCAGGUCAAGGGAACCGUCAUAUCGAUGGAGCUUCUCGCGUUGCGGUGCUAGGUGGGAUCAAGAACUCUGCAGGUUCUGUUUCGUGGUGUUCUCCGUUCAUCCAGUCCAUCAAACAUUCGGGUCCUGCUCCUGGCGGAGGGCAUUGAUUAAUGACUAAUGACUAAAAUUCUUGUUUAUCUAGCUAGUUAUUAAUUUGUUUCCAUUUGUGGUAGUUUAAUUUCUUCUUUUGUUUUGGAUUAUGCCUAUCUGGUUUUAUUCUUUAACCAUAUUUGUUUUGAGAAGUUAUUCUUUCAACCUAUUUUAUUCUCAUUGAAUAAUUUCCCCAUAUUUUUUCAUCUGCAAUUUCGUCUCACCAUUGUGUAAACUUUAUUGUGUUUCAUCUUACAUAUAUGGUUAAUUCUCGUAUGCAUGAAAAUCAUCGAAUUCUCUUAUUCACCACGACUCAAUGCUAGCGCCACACGACCAUUGCAUGGAAUCUAUAUAAAAGAGUUACAAGCAUAAUAUGCCUCUCUUCGUCCUAAGGGCUAAGCUCAUAUGAUACAAGAACUUAAAUGUAGUAUUGCGGGAAAGCCAUUGUCAUUUAUUGUGUCAAAAUAAAUAUUUGGUUAAGGA